CGCUAGCGCCGCCCCCAUUUCUCCUCCUCCCAUCCCCAUCUCUCGCUCUCCCCCUCGCUCUCGCGGAGAUCGAAGAGAAGCGGAGGCUCCUGCCCUAGCGCCGUCCCGCCGCAUCAGCCAUGGCGCUGGCCGCUCGCAUGGUCUCGCGGUCCCGUCAGCUAUAUUCGGCUCAAACGGCUUUGGUGAAUGGAGGUGCCACUCAAGUUCGUUCCUUUGCCAAAGAUGCAGCUCCAGCUGAUCGUCCUCCCAUCAAUGGGGAUGAUCUCCUGAAGGGCAUAUUCUUUGAGGUAAAGAAGAAGUUUGAGACCGCACUUGGUGUCCUUAAAAAGGAAAAGAUCACUAUUGAUCCAGAUGACCCAGCGGCAGUUUCUCGUUAUGCUCAAGUUAUGAAGACUGUAAGGGAAAAGGCAGAUCUUCUCUCUGAUUCUCAAAGAAUCAAAUAUACUAUUGAGACCUUUACCAAGGGCAUCCCUGAUGCACGGACUUACCUGAACACUCUCCAGGAGAUCAGAGUAAAGAGUGGCCUUAUAGAUCAUCUUGGCAUUGAGCCUUUGAUGAUGGAAGCUCUCGAGAAGAUCGAGAAGGACAUUAAGAAGCCACUAUUGAGGAGUGACAAGAAGAACAUGGCCACCCUCUUGGCAGAGUUUGACAAGAUUAACAAAAAGCUUGGCAUUCGGAAGGAAGAUCUUCCCAAGAUCGAGGAAGAGCUCGAAAUGGAAAUUGCCAAAAGUGAGCUGACGGAACUUAAGAAGGAAUGCAUUGAAGCGAUGGAGACUCAACUAAAGAGGGAGGAGUUUAAAGAUGAGGAGAUGCCUGAUGUCAAGAAGUUGGACAUCAGAAACUUCCUGUAGGCUUGAUCGACGAUAAUCCUUGCGGCAUUAUUGCCCGACCCACCCGUGAUUUUUCUUGGUUUUGGUUUCAAGUUGACCGGUGCUGUAAGCUACACCUAUGAAUGCCCCUCUUCCCUUUUUGUAAUAAAAAACUGCACCGAGGUACAAAGACAGUCAACCGUUGAGUUGGAUUGCUUCUUGCCUUUCCCGCUGCUCUAGUGGUCACAUCUACAAUGAGGUGUCUUGUGUUGUGGUAGAUGAACUGAUAAUGAUACGAGGCAUUCAGGCAAUGAUGAUACCUGUUUUUUAACUUUUUUAUUUUUGGUCUAUUUAAUAUCGCCUAAGAGAUUGUUUC